GGGACUCGACUGUGCCCUCCGGAGCGACUACCGGUGUCCCUGCGGCGCCGGACUGGUGCGCCGAGGGUCCGCGGCGGCUGUCGCUGUUGCAUGUGUGGCUGCUGGAUGCGGAGGCGGCGGCGGCGGCGGCGGCGAGGAGCAGCAGCAGCGGCGGCAGGAUGUUAGGGCAGCAGCAGCAGCAGCAGCAACUGUACUCGUCGGCCGCACUCCUGUCCGGGGAGCGGAGCCGGCUCCUCACCUGCUACGUGCAGGACUACCUCGAGUGCGUGGAGUCGCUGCCCCACGACAUGCAGAGGAACGUGUCUGUGCUGCGAGAGCUGGACAACAAAUAUCAAGAAACAUUAAAGGAAAUCGAUGAUGUCUAUGAAAGAUAUAAAAAAGAAGAUGAUUUAAGCCAGAAAAAACGCCUGCAGCAGCAUCUCCAGAGAGCAUUAAUCAAUAGUCAAGAAUUGGGAGAUGAAAAAAUUCAGAUUGUCACACAAAUGCUCGAAUUGGUGGAAAACAGGGCAAGACAAAUGGAAUUACAUUCACAGUGUUUCCAAGAUCCUGCUGAAAGUGAAAGAACCUCAGAUAAAGCAAAGGUGGAUUCCAGUCAACCAGAAAGAUCUUCGAGAAGACCCCGCAGACAGAGAACCAGUGAAAGCCGUGAUUUAUGUCACAUGACAAAUGGGAUCGAAGACUGUGAUGACCAGCCACCCAAAGAAAAGAAAUCUAAGUCAGCCAAGAAAAAGAAACGCUCCAAGGCUAAGCAGGAAAGGGAAGCCUCCCCCGUGGAGUUUGCAGUCGAUCCCAAUGAACCGACAUACUGUUUGUGUAACCAAGUGUCUUACGGCGAAAUGAUCGGAUGUGACAAUGAACAGUGUCCAAUUGAAUGGUUUCACUUUUCGUGUGUUUCACUUACCUAUAAACCAAAGGGGAAAUGGUAUUGUCCAAAGUGUAGGGGAGAUAAUGAGAAAACAAUGGACAAAAGUAUGGAAAAGACAAAAAAGGACAGAAGAUCGAGGUAGUAAAGGCCAUCACAUUUUAAAGGGCUGUUUGUCUUUUAUAUAAUUUGUUCACCUUCAGAAAAUGUUUUAGGGUAAAUGCAUAAGACUAUGCAAUAAUUUUUAAUCAUUAGUAUUAAUGGUGUAUUAAAAGUUGUUGUACUUUG